AUGACUGGAAAAUUUGAUAAUAGUAACAAUAGAAGAGACAGUGGAGGGUUGAUAAUGCAAGAUGACAUUAUGCAUGGUAGCACUAGAGUUCACUCUUUGAAUAGUUUAUUGAAAGACCAAUCAUUCAAUUCAAUCAGAGGUUUUAAAGGGAUACUUAGAAAAAGCUCAAAAUAUUCAAAUUAUUGGAAUGAUUCUUCCAUUUUAUUUUCGGCUGAUGCCCGAGAUACAUUGGUAAAGGUUGAAGAAAGAGAGGAAUCAGAUGAAGAAGAGGAUAAAGAGGAUAUUAAGCCCAAGAGAAAGUCACAAUAUUUUGAUAUCUUUUCAAAAGAGCCUACAAAAUAUUCCAAACAAUCUGCCCUCAAGACAAAUCCCAAGGGUAAGUCUAACGAUGUUAGAAACUUGCAAAAUUCAAAGAAAUUCACGAAUUCUCUUCAAGACAUUGGCAAGCCACAUUUGACGAAUCUUAAAGUCCUCAGUAAAGCUGACUUGGAAUCUCGUAGGAUUAUAAUUUUGAAAGGAUUACCAAAAGGGUCCAAUCCAGGAGCGGUUUUAACUAGAGUUUGUGGAGGACCAUUAGAAAGAGUUGUCUUUCACGAAAAUAGAGAGGAAUUUGUUAUGGAACUUUAUUAUGCUUUCCCUAAGGAUGCCCACAAGUUUUUUGAGUUUGGUAGAACUGGUCUUUUACUCUUCAAUAAUCAAAGACUCAUUUUGGAAUGGGCUAAUGAAACUAACACUGAAAAUAUUAAUUUGGUACAUCCUCCAGUUGGUGAUUCACUUUUGAACCAGAUAUUCAAUGGAGCUAGAAGGUCGUUGUUGUUUGUGAGAGAAAUUCCUAAUAAAUCAUCCAGACACCAUCACUUACAUUAUCCCGUACCAGAACAGCAUUAUUCUCGUGAAUUUGACAUUAAGAGUGUUAUUAAGGAUUUCUCGUUGGUUGGUAAUAUAAUAGAUUUCAGUCCUAUCAUUUCAAGGAAACUUGCGUUCGUUCUUUAUUUUGAUGAUAUCAGGACUGCAAUAACAGUGAAAAAACUUUGUGAAACCAAAGGAUCGAUUUUGAAUAAAAAAUAUCGAGAUUGGAAACUAUAUUAUGGUAAGGAUAUCACCGAUAAGCCAUGUCAUACAAUAUAG